AUGUGGGCCCCAAUCAAACACGCCCUGUACGCGCCCAAGCCCGAGCCCGGCAGCUCGCCCACAGUUGUGGAAAACCCCUCCACCUUCCAGAAAAUCUUCAACCCGCCGGUCAAGAAGGACGAGAACGCCAUUGACGAAAACGCCGCGCCCAAUGGAUCCCAGGAAAUGGCCAAAAUCACCAGUCUCUGGAACCGACACGACCUGUGGAUGGCGUGGGGCUCCAUGCUGCUGAUCGCGGUGGCUCUGGCUCUCCAGGGCCGAACCUUCAAGGUCUACUCCACCUUUGCAACCUCCGAGUUUGAGGAACUGUCGCUGCUGUCGUCGCUGGCAGUGACCCAGGCCGUCAUCAACGUGGCCGCCACCACCGUGUUUGCCAAGCUGGCCGACGUGCUGGGCCGAUUCGAGUCCUUCCUGCUCUCCGUGGUCUUCUUCACCAUUGGCUUCAUCAUGUUGGCAGUCUCGCCUAACAUUGGCACCUACUUUGCUGCCCACAUUUUCUACGUCUCCGGCUCCCAGGGUAUCACCUUCCUCCAGCAGGUGUUUGCCGCAGACACCUCCUCUCUGCGAAACCGACUCUUCUUUGUGGUGCUGCCCAACGUGUGCUACAUCUUCGUGCCCUGGUGCGCCGCCCCCAUCACCAACGCCAUCAUCAAGCACUCCACCUGGAGAUGGGGCUACGGCAUGUGGUGUAUCAUUGUGCCCAUUGUCUCCAUCCCCGUCCUCACCAUUCUGUUCCGGCUCAAAAUGAAGGCCAAGUCGCUCAACAUGGCCGGCGGAAAGUCGCUGCAGGUGCGAGACGCCAAGGAGACACUGCGACAGUUUGACUUCAUCGGACUCACCCUUCUGACCGCCGGCCUCGCCCUGCUGUUCCUGGCCGUCACUCUCGUCAAGACCUCCAAGUCCUGGACAGAACCCCACGUGCUGGUCAUGGUCAUCAUAGGCCCCAUUCUGCUGGUUCUGUUCCCCAUCUGGGAAAAGUUCCCCAAGUACCCCUUCCUGCCCAUGAAGAACAUGAAGAACCGAACCCUCAUCACCGGCUGCGUGUUUGCCGGCAUCCACGCCAUGGCCACCUCUCUCUACAACCCCUACUACAUGCCCUGGCUGCUGGUCUGCAAGGGCCUGUCCGUUACCGCCGCCACCAACGCCUCGGCCACCCUCUCGGUCUCCUACAUUGUCACCACCAUCAUCGCGGCCUUCAUCAUCAGAUACACCCGAAGAGUCAAGCCCUGCAUUGUGGCCGGCUCCUGUAUCUACACCCUCGGUCUGGGUCUCACCUACCACUACCGACAGCCCGACGUGCCUCUGGCCAAGUUCAUUGUCACCCAGGCCGUCGAGGGAGUUGGUAACGGUCUUCUUCAGUCCCCCGCUCUGGUCCUGACCCAGUCCUCCAUGCCUAAGCAUCUCGUCAUCUCAGCCACUGCCAUCUACUACACCAUCAACUCCAUUGGUCGAGUUGUGGGCGACGCCAUCUCUGGCUCCCUGUACCGACAGCAGUACCCCAAGAGACUGGCCGAGUUUGCGCCCUUCAUGGACGAGAAAACCGUGCAGCGAAUGGUCAACGACGUCAAUUCCCCUCUCAAGUUUGCCUGGGGCUCCGAGGAGCGAGUCGCCGUAAUCGAGGCCUUCAACCACGUCUACCGUAAGAUGCUGUACGGCCCUAUGAUCAUUGCCGCCGUUGGCAUUCUCAUUGCCCUGACCUUCCCCAACAUCAACAUGAGCGAGGUGGACAACGGAUUCGUGGUCGAAGAGACCGAGGAAGACAUGCCCGCCACCGCUGUUGUCAACGAAAAGAAGCAGCAGCAGCCCUCGGAGACCUCCGAGUCCGAGACCGAGAAGAAACUGCCCGAGGUUUCUUCCUCUCAUACCGUCUCUUCGGGACCACGAUCCGCAGACCUUUCUGUGGAGGAGCAUGAGCGACGAGUGUAA